CAUUUAAGAAUUUCAAACUCUAUUUUUAUUAUUAUUAUUUUUUUUAGUUACCUUAUAUUUCAAACGUUUUAUACUUUUUCUUGUUCCUUUUUUUUAUUUAUUAUUAUUAUUAUUAUAACAUUGCUUCAGAUUGAAGGUGCUGCCAGAAGACCAAUACCGACUUUUUCAUGGCGGCUUUUAAAUACUAUAUAUUUAUUCGAAAUCCAGAACUUCUUCAUUUAGCCAUUACCAGGGUGUUGAAAAUUCACUAUUUGUUGAAAGUCCACUAUUUCUUUUUCUUUUUGUUUUUUUUUUUUUUCCCGGUGAGUUUGUCUUAGAAAUAUAAUAUAUAUAUAUAUAUUUGUAGAUUGGAACGUAAAAUCUUAGUUUAAUUUGAUUGAUUGAGAGAGUAUUUGAAUAUAUGAACAAUUCAAGCGCAUGCAAAAGGUGGCGAAUUCAAGAGAAAAAGGUAGAGAAGGAUGGUCUUUUGAACCUCCUCUGGUUUUCUCAACGUUAGAUAGGGAAAGAGAGAUGUCAACCAUGGUUUCUGCUCUGAAGCAUGUAGUUUGUGGAGGUGAUUUGGUUGUUGAUGAUCAUCUUUCUUCUGAUAUAAGCGGCUCUGUUUCCUCAGACAAUAACACUAAAGCUUCGUGGCAAAGUUCCGGAAGUAAAAGAGAUCGAGAAGAAGAAGAAGAAGAGCAAGGAGAAGAACGAGGUGCACUUCAGGUCUCCGAGUCGGUUUCUGGGCUUCGCACUCCAUUUCAAGACUUCCCAAAUCAAGAGUCAUCUCAUGCUUCAGCAGUUGGGACAGCUAUGGAAUGGUCAAGUAACAGAACAACGAUACCAACAACGCAGUACGAAUACAGUAGAGAAAUCCAGAGAGAAGUAUUGGAACCAAGAAGAAAAUACAGAGGAGUUAGACAAAGGCCAUGGGGAAAAUUUGCAGCUGAAAUUAGAGACCCUUUUAAGGCCGCAAGAGUUUGGUUAGGAACUUUCGAAACCGCAGAGGACGCUGCAAGAGCCUAUGACGAAGCCGCUCUUCGUUUCCGCGGAAACAAAGCCAAACUGAACUUCCCUGAGAAUGUCACGCUCCGGUCACCGAUAUCCGGCUCUCCAGCGACCAAUUUGACCAUUUCCGAUUCCACCAAUACCCUUUUGUCCAUUCCCACUUCCACUGACCCAAUCGUUCAUUCCCAAGCAAUCCACCAUAGCCAUUCUCAGCAAAGAAUUGAAAGUAAUCCUCUUUUGAGUUAUUCUACCUAUCAGAUGGUUGAUUUUCAAAGACAACAGCAGCCUAUAAAUCUUUUUGAUCAGAUGGUUAUUUCUUCUUCUUCUUCUUCUCCUCCUUCUUCAAUGGCGGAUUUGAUGGCAUCUUCGCAUAAUUUUUCGUCUCCAUCUACUUCUUCACCUUCAUUUGCAUCCUCCUCUGUUUCUUCAUCUUCUUCACCACCACCAGCUUCUUUGUAUACGUUUCAUGGAGCACAGCCUUCGUUUAGAUUCAUGGCUGGUGAUACUGCUUCUGCAGAUUUUCAAACAAAGCAACAGCAUUCGAGUUCUGGUCAUUACAGUAAUUCUUCAAGAUGAUUAAAGAAAAUUAUACUUCAGCUUUUCCCUUUUUUUUUUUUUUUUUGUGGCUAUUUUCUUGUAUUAGCAAAAAUUUCAGUUUCUAUCGUGAAUAAUUAGUUUA